AAGGUCACGCAGUAAUAACAGUCUCCGACUGCGCACACAUGACAUAUGAUGAGUGAACGGUAACUCAAGAAUUUUUCAACUAGGGGCCUGUCUGCUUUAUUCUUUCAAAAUUGGAAAUGGACGAUGACUUUGUUUGCAUAACGUGCAAACAGCUAGCCCUACCAGAUGGGGAAACACUUGACGGAAAAAUUCAUGUUAUUGUCGAAGACGGCAAGAUAGCAGCAAUUCUUGAUCAGGAGGCUGAUCUCGUGAAGAGCGCCAAGACACAUUAUUAUGCAGAUAUUGUGACUCCUGGCUUUGUUGACAUACACCACCAUGGACUAGGCGGAGCAGAUGACUUAGUACAGUUUUGGAGCAACCCAGCUCACACGCAGACACGCCUUGUCAGGUAUGGUGUCACCUCAUUCCUCGCUUCGAUGGUUUUCCCUAAAGACCUUGAGGCGCCCUCGGUCUACAACACGCUGAAAAUCCUGGAGGGCAUCGUGGGGGAGACGGGUCAGGGGUCAACUUGUGAAGGUAUCCAUGCCGAGGGACCGAUAGUCAAUGACUUUGGCGGCCUGCCGGUCGGGGAUAACGAAAUGCCGAUUGCAGAAUUCAAGAGGAUUCUCGAUGCCAUGCCUAGCUGUCGUAUCAUGACGAUCAGUCCUCAUGUUGACGCCAAGAGCAACUACGCACGGAUUAAAAUGCUUCUGGAAAGGGGUAUUGUUCCAGCAUUGGGCCAUGACAGACUCGCCUCAGAAGAAGAGAUUCUAGGAGCGUUGAAGAUAAAACCAUCGGUACAGUUUCAUAUCACACAUCUGUUCAACGUCUGCAGUUUUCAUCACAGGAACCCAAGUCUCGUCAAUUUUGGAAUGACCGACCGAUUCCCCUCGCUGCCUGGCUAUGAGAAACUCGCCCCACCAACCGUAGAGAUCAUCGGCGACAUGGUCCACGUUCAUCCGCUUGCUGUGUCUAAUGUGCUGAGUUCUAGGCAUUUUAAUCAAGUAGCGUUCGUGUCCGACUGCACCGCCGAGGCCAUACCCAACAAGAAGAUGGCUUACAGCAACCGAGAGAUGACGGUAACUCCAGACGGUAAGUGUCUUGUCAUCGAAGGCACGACGACCCUAGCCGGCAGUUGCUGCUCCUGCCUGGAUGCCUUCAGGUCUCUGGUUAAGAUAUUCCACACCGGAAUAGGCAAAGCCGCGGCCAUGGUGGCUGAAAACCCUGCGAGGAUUGCAAAUCUUGAAGGCAUCGGAGCCGUGAAGGUGGGCAACCGAGCUGAUCUUCUCCUUUUCGACGAUGACCUCAACCUCCAGAAGACUUUUGUGUGCGGUCAGUCGGUGUACACAGCCAAGGAAGAGGAGUGAAGGAGAUUGAGAAAAAAUUGCCCAAGACAGGAGCGAAAAGGUACAAGUUACAGUGAAACUUUGGAUCAAGAUUAUAAACGUAUCCAUGAACACUGUGAUUUCACAGUCGAGCAGUGUUGCAUUCAUGUUGUCUGCGAUCGUCUAGCAAGCCGAAAUAGACUCCCGUGGUCAGGUCAAAUUCAUUGAUAACACUUUUCCCGUCCAUUCCGACCUUCAGAAUAAGAGGUUGUGCCGUUAUGUGACAAUUUUCAUUGGCUCUAGCUGUUUUUCAUCUUUUCGCCAUGGGCCAGGUAAAAGUUCCAACCCAUAUGCCAGUACCAUUUAAGGCAAAUUAUGUCAGUUUUGUUUUUCUGGGUUUUUUGUUUUUUUAGGUGCAAAUGUGCAAAUGCUGAGGUGCAAAUUUAUUAUUAGUUUUUCCGUCAAAAUGAACAAUCUCUCAUUGGGCUCUGUGAUGUUUGAUUUUUUAUGAAAUUCCUCUAAAAUAGGUCAUUCUAUCACAGUAUUUAUUUUUGAAGGAUCAUUAUAACCAUCGAAACCUACAAGAAAACAAACUGAAGCAUACUUCUGAUGUCUACAAUGGUCUGGAGGUUGGCAACUCACAAAUGCACUCAAGAUAAUCUCUGCAUGUACAUAGCAUGCAAUAGUACCAUGCCACUCAGAUGUGUGUGAUAAACAUACGCUUAAUGCUUAAAAAGACUGCACAGCUAUAUCCUGAACAGCGCCCUCUGCUGUCUGCACUGACAGUGCAUGGCAGUGCAUAAGUAAUCUUCAGUGAAUUCAGUGUUUGCAGCAACAUUCUGAUGGACACCAGGGCAAGAUUUACACGGAAAAGAGAAUCUUUGGUCUUUAAGGUGCUUAAAAAUUCUUGCAAUAAGGUAAAAACUGCAACUUACGGUAUCAAUUGAUGUCCCCUCCCCACCUUCCCACUAACUUGUCGGGGGGUGGGGGAGGGGGUGGGGAUUGCUCCAUGCUGUAGGGAAUGAUGAAAUCCCCACCCCAGGGGAACCAUCCUCUGUGGGAAAAGCAUUGAAGCAAAUGUUUGUUAGCACUGAAAAGAGUGACAAAAUCUGAAACACAACGGUGUCCAAACUGUGACCAAAUCGCAACUACAUAUAGGGUUGGGGCUGUAAGAUAAGAGUGGCUGGAAUAAUUGACGGGCGCAGAAAACAAAUCUGCUAUUUGAACAGUAAGCUAUCAAAUGCCGAUUUUAUUGUGUCUCUGGGUUAUUAUAUGUUCUUAAUAUGCUGCAUUGGAAGGGUGCUUGUUCAUUCUGUUGAUGUGCUGUCCAAAAAGUGAUUAAAAACAGUGCUUCCGUAAAUGUUAAAUUUGCGAUUACACAGAAACUUUGCUGCUCUAGCUCGAUAGGCAUUAUACUUCAGCAUUUGUAUUGGUGUUUUAAUGUUGAAAGUUACAGCUUAAAUUUACCAACUUGUUAAUUCAUAGUGCAGAACCAUUCCAUUUCCAAAUAAUGCAAAUGCGUCCAAAUUCCGCAUGGACGUCAACAUUGGCUCAGAAACUUGUUGAGUAUUCAUUUCGCGUGGGAAAUAUUUCUUCAAGAACGUGCGCUUUGAACAAACCUGACAGAAGUGUUAGAGUUGUCUUAAAUUAUGAACACAUUGUGUCAAUUUUUAAAGUUCUUUUUCCUUGCUAAAAAUACCAACCAAUUUUUAAAAUUUUACUGUAUAUUUCCCCUAAGAUACACUUCUGGUCUUACUUGUACAAAUUAUAUUCUAAUCUUACCCAUGAAGUUUUUAAGUGUAUUAUAAUUAGUUCUGUGAUUAUACGUACGUAUUUCAUGAAGCCCAUAAAUUAUACCGAUCUAGUCAGGAGUUACAACUUAACGCAAUAAAGUCUCAUCAAGAUUUCAGACUUUGUUGUUCACAGAUUUUAGAGAAAUCCUCCUUAUCAAACUAUUAUCCAGGGAAAUUGUAAGAAGCAUAAUUUGAAUUUAUUGUUCAUCUAAUACCGUUUCUCAUUAACUCAGUUGCACAACCACGUGUAAGGUUGCAGACCAGUAAAUAAACUACCACGGAUGACAGUAAUAAAAUACCUUCGCAUCAUCAGACAACACCCGAAAUUCGUCAAAAUGUCUCGCGAAUACACACUCCCAGUCCUGUGUAUUAGCCUUCUACAGCUAUGAUUUUACAAACCCAGGAGUUUGUGGGCUCCAAACUGCUCUCGUAGCCUAGAAUUUAGAGUUUUCAAAUCGAGAUUUGGUUCCCAUGAGCCGUUUGGGGCAUAUCUAUGGACUAGGUCUGCAGGGAGUCCAUGGCUUAAUUGGUAGUCUAGGGCCAAUUUCAUAGAGCUGCUUAUGCACAAAAUUUGCGUAAGCGGGAAAAAAAAUUGCUUAAUAAACAAAGAUUACCAGCUUAAACUCUAUCUGAUAGUCAUGCUAACCAAAAACAGCUAAAUACGAUCCCAAAACAAUAUACAUAACAUGGAGUUUUGGCUGGUUACCUGAUAUAUCAAGUGAGGUUUUUUUUCGCGCUGAAGCAAAUUUCAAGCUUAAGCAGCUCAAUGAAAUUGGCCCCUCCUGAGGCUUGACACUCUCGAGUUUGUUGUUGCAUGUAUACGUACAUUACCACCAUGGAGGUGUGGUUACAACAGUUGGAUAAAACCCAAAACUACAGAUUGUGGAAGUGGGUUGAUGCAAGUUACAACAAACUAUUUACACUUAUUGUAUUCCUUGGUGUGUGACCGAGAGGUUCCUCGAGGAACCCCAGGCAAGAUCUUCUCAUUUGACUGUCCUAUUUAGAUUUCAUUUUGGCCUCAUCGAUAUUUGUAAAACUGAACAAUUUCUACUGAGGAUUACUUGUUAUUUUAUGAAGUAAUUGUCAUUUGUUUCAUGUAGUGUUUGUUGUUUGUGGUUUUUUUGUUGUUGUUGUUUUUUUUAAUGAUGUGCAGAAAUACUGAUUCGAUGUGCAAUACAUUGCCAGCAGAAUAUUGUUUUGGAAAUAAAAAGUCUGUUGACGGGAAUGCUCUUUAAUGGCUAGACGUUAAUCAGUAAGCCCAUGAGGAUGUUUAGGAAGAGGUCCAAAACAAAAAUAAAAACGUCAAGCCCGAAGUUAGUAA